AAAUCCAAUACAACCUGGUGUACCACCGUUCGAUACGAUUUCAUACUUAAAAACCCCGUAUAUUAAAGCCCCGUAUAACAAUGCGUCCGCUUACUGAAGGCGAAAUAAAAUUGCUGUUUGAGAAGCUGUCGAAAUACAUUGGAGAAAAUAUUCGCUUACUCAUCGACAGACCGGAUGGAAAUUAUGUUUUCAGACUACACAGAGACAGGGUUUACUACGUCAAAGAGAAGACCGUCAAGUUGGCCAGCAACGUGGCCAGGAAGCAUCUCAUCAGUCUGGGAACUUGUUUCGGGAAAUUCAGUAAGUCGGGAAAGUUUCGUCUGCACAUAACUGCACUGGAUUAUUUGGCGCCAUAUGCUAAGUACAAGGUGUGGGUAAAGCCUAGCUCGGAGCAGUCCUUUCUUUAUGGGCAUCACUUGGUGAAGUCUGGACUUGGGAGGAUCACUGAAAACACGCCUCAGUAUCAAGGAGUCAUUGUGUGUUCAAUGAACGACACACCAUUGGGAUUUGGAGUGGCUGCUAAAACCACACAGCAAUGCCGACAUGCCGAUCCAUUGGCUAUAGUUUGUUUCCAUCAGGCCGACAUCGGUGAGUACUUGAGAUCAGAAAACGAACUGACUUGAAACAGUUGGUUAGGCAUCGUGUUACUAUUCUGUUGCCUUUAGUAAACGUACGAGUGAAGUAAAUUGAAAUAAAUUAAGAUGCAUUGCGGUGUUGA